AUGAUGAACCAGCAGCCUAUGGGGCGGUUGUCCUACCCCCCAAUGGGACAACCCAUGCUUCCAGGCCCUGUAUAUCCAGAAUGGAACCAUCCUGUCCGUGAGCCACUGGGACGGGAUGUUGGACUCUUUAAUGCCCCGGAUAGCCCAACUUUUAUCGUGGAAAGAAACAGCCGGCGCGCUGCCGAUGUAAACCGAGGAAGCUCCCAAUACGUCUCCCAGCGUCGUUCUUCUGUCCGUGGAGAUGAAUUUGAUGGUCCCCAUCAGAUCCUGGAUCCACCUUCAUCUCGGAGUCUCCCGACCCGAGAGGAUGAGCUGCCCCAGCUCCCCACUAAUCUUGAUUCCGCAGAGCAAGACAGAAUUCUCCACCAAGUCAAUGACCGUCUGUCUCAGUCAGCUUAUGACUUCUUCGCAAGAUACCAAUUUCCAAUUCCCCUGGAACAGGACAAGCGCCCUGUUAAUGUUCCUUCAGACCGUGAAUGGAAUGAGUGGGUACAUCUACUUAAGAGACUUGCCACCAGACGCCGUAUCCCACGGCACACCUUGCACAAUGGUCAGAUCAAGCAGCUGAUUACUGUACUUGAAAACUCCCUGGAAAUGCGUCAUGCUGCCAAGCAUAGCUCGCGGCCCGUUAAGGAUGAUCGUAACGUGCUUCAGCUCAUUUCCGCAGGAACUCAAGUUGCUAAGAUCCUCAAGGACUCUAGCGCAAUGCAGUUCUUCGACCGUCUUUAUGUUGACACGGAGAAACUGAUUACCGACCGACGCCGCCGCGUCAGGUUUGCGAACACCUGA